AUGGCCCAAACACCUCAGCAACGCCGCGCCAACGAGAAGUUCGCCAAGGACCAGAACGCCCGCCGCGGCAAGUCCGAGGCUGAGAGGCAGGUGCGAACAAAGCAGGUCCAGAAGGCCCCUAUUUCCCCCCUCUGGCUCGCGCGUUUUCUGGCGAUAGACCGGCGACCGGGAGAACGAGGAAGAGAGGGAAGAGAGAAAGACACUAUAUACAAUAUGUUGGGCGUGCAGCCACCAAAAAAAAGGAACCCCCCAGACAACCACGGCCUGGUAGAAGGGGAGCAGCAGAAGAAGGCAAAUGUGCGCCCAGCAGCCCUGCGGAAAGGGGCUCGGUAG